AUGACCCAACAACAAAGCAUGGCCAAGGCCGACCAUGAAUACAUAGCAAAAGUGCUAGCCAAGAAAAAAAAAGUCCUUAUUAGAAUAGAACAGCGUUCAGAUCAUGUACCAGAUCUCAAAGUCCAUUUUAGAAUCGAGUUGGCUCCCGACAUGUGGUCGACGAGUGGAAAGUUGAAUGAAUCUGGAGAAAGGGAUUAUGCCCCACGGAGAUCUUCACCUGGUCCAGGUUCGUAUUCUUUUCCUACUACCACAAUACCUUCACCUUCUCACUCCACCGCUCUUCCUCUCCUACCAGUCACCGGUGCUACCACCGCACCAUCCACAUCCUCGUCCCGUCGAGCAAGUUUGCACGAAAGUAAUGCUCAUAAUGGAUCCCAGUACCCUCCUGAAGACAAGCGAAUGCAAUUCCCGUCCUAUCCUUUUCCCACUGGUCACAACUAA